AUGAAACAAAACAGCGCCGCCAAAUUAGCUUUUUUCGAGCUGAUGGUCGUAGUUUCUAACGUCCAGGGCAAUGUAGGUUCGGCUGACAACAGCUAUGUUUACAAGAAACUGUGCACAUUUGUAGGGUUAGCAAGAAAUCCGACGGCACCAGAAGCACAACUACCAGUAACGCCGCAGGAGCUGACGGACCUAGAAACUAUAAACGCCACGCUUUCCGAUCCCACGUGGUUGGACCUCUUCUUCAAAGACGGCAACGACAAAGACGACAUAGCGGAGAUACCCACCCAGCUGAAAUCGAACCCGGGAUGGUCAGACAACUGGGGCAGAUGGCUGCAAGCAGCAAAACUAGCAAAAGCAGACACAGAUAAGAGCACAAUGAAAAGGUUUAAUCUGCAAACAGCAGCACCAGCGAACGCCAAGUACAUCAAAACAUUUGUCGAACGAGCACUAGUGAUAGUGAACGCAAAAGCAGCAGCACUGGCGGAUGACAUCACAAACACCAAACAGGUCACGAAGGAAGACAUAAAGAAAGAGCUAGUAGCAGCGAUAACGGGAGCAGCGGACGGUGUCCUGACGUUACCGAUAAAAGACAACCUAUUUGCAACAGCGGCCGCAGCCAACAUGCAAACAACAUGCGAAGCGAAAGACAACACAAAUGGUGCGGCGACUAUAGGCGCCGUCUUUGCCUGCCUGUGUAUCAAAGGUAACGGUCAAACAGGCGAUCAGAUUUGCGACCACUCGGGCGCAGCAAUCCAAUGGGAAGCGGCAACCGGCGGCCCACAGAUGACAGACGUAAAGGCACUAAUCGACGGCUGUCCAGCGAUGCAAGACACAACGGUCACACCCGAAUUGCUGGUAAAUACACUAAGAGACAUUUACUCAACUAUCAGCAUAAACAGCGGCAACGGCUACCUAAGAACAUUCAAGACAGGGAACUGCCAAGGCCACAACGCAAACGGUUUCUGUGUAAAAAUAAGCGGUCUGACAUCAGAUGAUGACACUAAAUUCAAGCAGCUUCCAUGGGUAAGCAAGAUCAUCAACCUCAGCAAUGACAUCGGCAAGGUCAACAAACACAACAGGGCAGUGCACCUACUGCAGGCAGAGGCGCGGCAACAAAUAGCAGCUCUGAAAGUUCUUGGGCGCCAGCCGGCACUAACAGAAUUUCCUCCAGCACCCCCUACACUCGACCGCAGAACCCAGCAAGCAGAAGAGGGGAAAUGCAAACCGCAAAAUACAACCCCCACCGAAUGCCCAACCGAGCACUGCGAGUAUGAUGAGAAGGCCACAGAUGGUAACAGUUGCAAACCUAAACCAGUAAAGGAAAACACAGCAGAAACAACAGGAAACCAAGCAGGGGAAGCAGCAGCUACAAAUAGGUGUACAGCGCACAAAGAUAAACUCGCUUGUGAAAAUGACAAAACAGGCGACAAGCAAAAUUGUGCAUGGAGGAAGGGUAAUGGUGGUGAACCUGAGCCCGAAAAAGAAAUGUGCCAUGAUUCCAGUUUUCUCCCCGAUAAGAAAAUCGCUUUCAGCGUGGUUUCUGCUGCUUUUGUGGGUUUGGUAGCAUUUGAGAAUUAUAAGGAUUUUUGCUUAAUUUUAUAA